GUGGGGAUGAAGCUGGGUUUAGAAUGGGGGUUUGGGGUGGUGGUAAUGGUAGGGGUGGCUGGGUUCUGGGUGGGGGGUUUAUUUUUUAUUUUUUUGAACCAAUCACAGGCUACCACGUGUCAAUUUUAAGUUUAAAAAUCGAUAAAAGCCAAAACUAACGUUUUUUAAAUGGGAAGGGUACGGUAGGUGUAUCGCUGAUAAUUGUGUAAAACCUUGGGUGUACCACUGAUGAAGAAUAAAUGAGUAGGUGUACCAUUGAGAAAGGCCCGAACCUUGGAUGUACCAUUAAUAAUUUGCCAAAAUAAAAUAAUGGUAGGUUAACAAUAAAUAAAACAUAGGUUUGAGCUUUAAAGACUCCUUCCAUCAAAGAAACACACAAAUUAAGCGGAAACCAGCAACGUGUCGAAUGUGAUUAAGGCAUCUUAAGGCAGUGAAUGUGUGGGGUUUCCCAAAAUUGAAUCUCCAGAUCGGCAAUUAUGUCGCGGCCAAUGAGGCUGAGAUCCCUGUCAGAUGGGGAUGGAUCAUCGCUGCUUUUGAGCGGAGAGUUGAAGAAGAAGAGACCCAAGUUCCAGUAUUCUGGUUGGGUGUUUCAUCUUGGUACUAAUAAGAUUGGCCAUGAAUAUUGUCAUCCUCGCUUCUUGUUUAUUCGUGGCAAGUAUGUCGAGAUGUAUAAGCGUGAUCCCCAUGAUCAUCCUGGCACAAAACUUAUACGGAGAGGUGUUGUGGGACAAACUCUUAUGGUGGAAGAGUUGGGAUGCCGAAAGGUUAAUUGUAGUGAUCUGCAUGUUCUUCGAUUCUACAAUCGAUUGGAUGAAUCAAAGAAGGGAGAAAUUGCUUGUGCUACAGCUGGAGAAGCUCAAAAAUGGUUGGAAGCUUUUGAGCAAGCAAAGCAACAGGCAGAAUAUGAGCUUUCAAGAGGUGGAAGAGCCAGAGACAAGCUGAAUUUGGAAGCCGAGAUUGAUCUUGACGCACAUCGCCACAGGGUGAGGAAAUAUGCACAUGGCUUCAUAAAACUUAUAAAAAUCGGACAAGAGCCACUUUUGCGACAAUCAUCAUCCUUGGCUGAGAAUGCCCAGACAGAUGGCUAUAUGGGAGUUGAUGGAGAUGCUGAUGCAAUUGAAGCACAUACAUGGAAAUGCAUGUGCACCAUGAAUGGAAUUAGAAUCUUUGAGGAUGUUGUAGAGUCCAAGGCUGGUAGAGGCAUUCUUGUGAAGUCCGUGGGAAUAAUUGAUGCCAAAUCGGAUACUGUCUUUGAGGUUCUUAUGAGCCUUGAUCCCUCUAGGAGAUAUGAGUGGGAUAUGUUGACUAGUGACUUGGAGCUUGUUGAAAGCAUAGAUGGGAAUUAUGAUGUUGUAUAUGGCACAUAUGAUCCGAAAUAUUUCACUUGGUGGAGUUCCAGAAGGGACAUUGGAACAUAUACAAUUUUACAAUUUCCAGCAGUACAUAAAAAGUGUCCUGCUAGACCUGGCUAUCAACGAACAAUCGUAAGCCCUUCUACUUGGGAGAUAAAAAGUUUGGACACAUCUGAUGCCACAGCCGAAUCUCCAAGAUGUCUUGUGACACACAUGUUGGAGAUACAAUCUGAUAGCUGGGGUUCUUGGAAGAAAAGCCGCUCUUCAAAGUUUGAGAAAUCUAUCCCUUAUGCAUUGUUGUGCCAAGUUGCUGGUCUCAAGGAAUAUAUUGGAGCAAAUCCAAUUCUUAAAAAAAAUUCGGUUACCGCAGAUUUGUAUUCAAAUUCCUCCAGUGAUAGUGUUUCCAGCAGUGAAUGUGACGACUCUGCAGAAGAGUUUUAUGAUGCGAUUGCUACAGAAACAUCUGAUGGUGAAGAUAGUGAUGAUGAUAUUGAAGUUGACAAGAAGGACAUUGUGACGCUGGAGAAUGUAUCAUCAGACAUAGCAAGCUUGUCUUUGAAGAAGUCUCCAGCUAAUGAUGCAAGCAAAGUACUAGAUUCAGCUAUACCCCCAGUGUCAAUUGAUUCAAGCAAGUUUAGUGGUUCAUUGCGUCAAGGAAAAGAUGAUGAUGACACAAAUUGCUGGACAAAUCCAGGUGGCGCGGGAUUCAUGAUUAGAGGAAGUACAUACUUGGAAGACUAUGUUAAAGUAAGUUUUAUUAUUCCUAACUAUUAUUUACCUUUUACUCAUCAUUAUAUUAAAAAAAAAAAAAAAAGUCCUUAGCAGACAUCUUUUACUACUUUAGUGUUUUAUGCAUCUGUUGUUUUGCAGUAACAAUUUAGUAUCCGUAAGAUGCAAUGGAAAUAACAGACAGUGAACUGAUAUCAACAAUCCUUGUUCCAUCUUGUUGAAUUCUUUUUUUUCUCAUUCAAUGUUACUGAUUAAGAUUGUGUUGCAGUUGAUUUAGGGCACUACUUACCUGUUAAUGAUAGUUAUUACUUCAUAGUUCAAUGAUUUCAAACUGUUGCCAGUUGGGGAUUUAA